AUGGGCAUAAUUGGUCGAGAUGAGACCCCAGUAGUACCAGUCAAAUCACCCAAAGACCUACAAUAUUGGCGUAACUACGAUCCCAUAACUUUUGAAAAUCCACAUGCAGGGGAUCCUAGGCAUAUGCUCACAAAUCAAGCAUUUAACUGCACGACCAGAUACGUAACAUUUUGCCGUUGCUGCAGAGAAUUGGGAGAAGAUAAUCCUCGCUGUAAAUAUCAAUAUUACAGAGCUGAAAUUGCAUGUACUGCGGAUUUCUUAGACCUGGCCAACAAACAUCGUUUGGAGGGUAGAUUGCUUAUGGACACUCUGCCAGAUAGGCGAAUAGCACAUAUGAGGCAAUAA